UUUUUCUGCUCCAUCCUAUUCGUAGCCUAACUCUCGAGGGUUGAUCCACACAUUGGUGAGCUCGGUAUUUCGUGUGGCAAUCAUCUCAUCAGACAUUACUUCUGCCGCCAUGACCCUCUCGGGCACACCAGUACUACGUCUUUUGGGUUUUAUUACUCUUUUACUCCAGUCCAGGAAUAAUACUGUCAGCGGGAAGGUGUUCAGAUGCGACCAAUCUCUCGCUCCAGUAACUCAAUAUCAGCCUAAGAGCACCACCGCCAAUCCACUCCUCUCAUCCGUUGCAUCCGGUACAAGGCCGAGCAUCAUGGCAACUCCCCUUUCGAAUCCAGUCCAACCUUUUAGUAUAAACGGCCCUCCACCAACAAAAGAAUUGGCCUGCAAAUCCGAGUCGGGAGAAAAAACUUUCGCAUUUUGUGUGGCUGACUCAUGCAUUGGAACCGCCACCUGCGAAGGAUGUAGGUCAGAUUUUGGGAUGAUGGUCAAAGUCAAGUGCAUGUCUUACCACAUACAAAACCAACAAAAUUUCUGUGAAGACAUCAACGGGAUCAAGUUCGUGUGUGCCGGAAGUUGUGAAGAUCGCACCGCAUGUUCUAUCUGCGAAUACGACAAUGUAGCCAAAACAAAAUCUUUUCGGCCACCAUGGGAGCGUGAAAUGAGCAUCUCACCCCUCCUAAUCGCUAGGUCCAAAUCCUCACAAAAUAAUCCAUCCGCCUGGAUCAUCGCCACUUUGAGCUUGGCAAAACUAGCCUCCUGUUCACCUCUAUUUGGACUAUAGCACAACCCUAAAACAGAAAUAAACGUGUAAAAAGAAAAGUAUUCCUUAUCUACU